CCGCAGCCCAAGUUUGGGGGCAGCGCUCGGCGGUGCGCGGCCGAGGCCGAUGGGCAGCGAGCGGCCAGGCUCGGUGCCGGGACCGGGACCGGGAGCCCGGAAGAGCGACGGGACGGGGCGCUGAGAGCGACGGGGUUCGGCUGCGGAACGGUGCGGAGCGGGGCGGAGCGGUGCGGAGCGCGGCCAGGCCCCCCCCGGCCCGGCCCGGGGGGAUGCCCCGCUGCAGCCGCGGAGAUUAGCCCCGGCCACCCGGUGCAUGGCCCAACUAUGGAGGUGGUGGACGAGACGGAAGCUCUGCAGCGGUUUUUUGAAGGCCACGACAUUAAUGGAGCUCUGGAACCAUCUAACAUCGACACCAGCAUCCUGGAAGAGUACAUCAGCAAGGAGGACUCACCAGACAUCUGUUUCCCCGACAUCCCCGCUUCAGCCAGCUAUGCACACCCCCAGCCCUCCAGCUCAACCUCCAUCAACGCGCCUCUUGCCAGCUCCAUCGCCAAUGUGACCAACCCCGCUUCCAGCGGUUCCCUCCACCUUCCUCCCCCGGGCAGCCAGAUCCCAAUCCGGCAUGGUCCUCUUCUGGCCAACCCUUGCGGACCCGGCUACGGUGCUCACCUCAACUGCAAUAACAACAAUGGCAUGGUGGUGCCCAAGGGCUACCUUGGCGGCCACUGCCUAAACAACGUGGUCCCUCCAAUCAAAUCAGAGCCCAAGGCCUCCUACGCACCUGGCACUUUACCUGACUCUCCCCCUGACUCUGGAUCAGAAGCCUACUCUCCUCAGCAGGUGAAUGAUUCUCACCUCCUCCGGACCAUGACCCCCGAAAACAUGUGCCACAUGACUCCCCCAUCUCGCCUGGAGCACCCUCCUCCUCCACCACCUCCACCUCCACCCCCCCACCUCCAGGGUCCCCCGCCGCCCCCCCCUCACCCGCACCAGCAGCAGCACAACCCUCACUACCCCGGCCUGCAGCGGGACAUGUACAUGAAGGCUGAGCCCUUGAUGCCACCGUACAGCAUCGGGCAGGGCAUGGCGCCUGCCGACCUCCACCAUGCCCAGCAGUCGCAGAUGCUGCACCAGCUACUCCAGCAACACGGAGCAGACCUUUGCUUUCCCACGGGUCUCCGCAGCCUCCCGGUGCACCCUGCCAAGAAGCGGAAACACUCCGAGUCACCCCCCAACACUCUCAAUGCACAGAUGCUCAAUGGGCUGAUAAAGCAGGAGCCAGGUAUGGGGUCCAUGCCACUCAACCCUGACAGAGUCCAAACACCUCCCUGGCAUCAGCCGGGAGCACUCUCACCAGGCCUGAUUCAAGAUAACGACAGCUUGAAUGGCUCCUACUUGGAUCCCAACUACCAGUCUAUAAAGUGGCAGCCACAUCAACAGAACAAGUGGGCAACUCUGUAUGAUGCUAACUACAAAGAACUCCCCAUGCUCACGUACCGCGUAGAUGCUGACAAGGGGUUCAACUUCUCCGUGGGUGACGAUGCCUUUGUGUGCCAGAAGAAGAAUCACUUCCAGGUCACGGUCUACAUCGGCAUGCUUGGAGAUCCCAAGUAUGUGAAGACCCCUGAGGGCCUGAAACCCUUAGAGUGCUUCUACCUGAAGCUGCACGGAGUGAAGCUAGAGGCCUUGAACCAGUCAAUCAAUAUAGAGCAGUCGCAGUCUGACCGCAGCAAACGGCCCUUCAACCCUGUCACGGUCAACCUGCCUCCAGAGCAGGUCACCAAGGUCACCGUGGGAAGGCUGCACUUCAGCGAGACCACAGCCAACAACAUGCGGAAGAAAGGCAAACCCAACCCAGACCAGAGGUAUUUCAUGCUCGUGGUAGCCUUGCAGGCACACGCGCAGAACCAGAACUACACGCUCGCAGCCCACAUCUCCGAGCGCAUCAUUGUCAGAGCCUCCAACCCCGGCCAGUUUGAGAGUGACAGCGACGUGCUCUGGCAGCGGGCACAGCUCCCCGAUACUGUUUUUCACCACGGCCGGGUUGGCAUCAAUACGGACCGCCCCGAUGAAGCCCUCGUGGUCCAUGGCAAUGUGAAGGUCAUGGGUUCACUGAUGCACCCUUCAGACAUCCGGGUGAAGGAGGACAUCCAGGAGGUGGACACCACAGAGCAGCUGAAGAGGAUCUCCCGUAUGCGGCUAGUACACUACAACUACAAGCCCGAGUUUGCGGCCACAGUGGGCAUCGACAACACCUCCGAGACAGGCGUCAUUGCUCAGGAGGUAAAGGAGAUCCUCCCUGAAGCUGUGAAGGACACUGGGGACCUGGUCUUUUCCAAUGGGAAGACCCUUGAGAACUUCCUGGUGGUGAACAAGGAGCGCAUCUUCAUGGAGAACGUGGGAGCCGUGAAGGAGCUCUGCAAACUGACAGACAACCUGGAGACCCGCAUCGAUGAGCUGGAGAGAUGGAGUCACAAGUUGGCCAAGCUCAAGCGGCUGGACAGCAUGAAGUCAACCGUGAGCUCUGGGGCAUUCAGCCAAACGGGAAGCCAGUUCAGCCGUGCGGGAAGCGUACCCCACAAAAAGAGACCCCACAAAGUAGCCAGCAAGUCACCGUCGGUUGUCGCGGAACAGGCCUGCAUCAGCCAGCGCUUCCUGCAAGGCACCAUCAUCGCCCUGGUCAUCAUCAUGGCAUUCAGUGUGGUGUCCAUGUCCACGCUCUACGUGCUGAGCUUGCGCAGUGAAGAGGACCUUGUGGAUAUCGAUGGCUCUUUUGCUGUGCCCACUGACUGUCUCCUGGCCCUCUUUCGGCACAGGGGUCCUGGGGUCCCGGUCGCUCUAUGUCCACGGUCAAGCCAGAACUUUGAUAAAACACAGAUGGUGCAAUCCACAGCUGCAUCAGACGGACCCAGCCGCAGGACCCCCACGUACCACGUCACAGAGGACACGCAUGACUUAGUCUCCAGCUUACCUGGUCACAGCGUGCUAGCCUGCUUCAGCCCACCGUGUUUCUCCACGUGCUGCUCCGCUGCUCCCACCAAUGUCUCCUCUGUUGCCCUCUCUGAGACCAGCCCCACUCACGCCACGAACCGGACAGAGCAAAGUCAGACCUCGCUCCUGCCGGUGACAAAUAUCAAAGCCAAAUCCAGGGGCAUCACGGGGAAAGCGACCUCCUAUACCAAGUGGCCAAAGACGCCUGACAGGUCUCAGAGCUUCGGCAGCCCCAAUGCCAGCCCCUCCUCCCCCUUCACCCACAUCCAGGCCAAAUCCAAGUACAUCUCCAACCUCUCGCUCUCCCGCAGCAACUCCCCGCUGGGGCAGACCCGGCAGCAGCGCAGCAUCAAGCAGCCGGUGAGCGAGUGGCCCCGCACGGAGGAUCCCGGCACGGAUGGGCCAAGCCCAGUGCUGCACUCCGUCCGGAUCGUGGAGAUCAAUCUGGCCAUCCAGUCCCAGCACUGCGCAGCCGCCGAGGCGUGCAGGACUGGAAACUUCACCUAUCGCAUCCCCGUCAACCAGCUCACAGCAGUGAACACCAACCUGACCCUGGAGAUGAACUCCUCCUUCGCUGUGUCCAUCUCCCUUUGUGGCCUCGUGUCCAGCAACCCCUGCCAAGAUGCUGCGAGCACAAACGGCUCCACCAACGCCACAGACGCACAGGAAACAACGCACCGUUGGCCUCUCGUGAUGAUGUCUUUCCAGGAGUUUACCUACCACUUCAGAGUAGCACAGCCUGGCCGAGCCAACUGCAGCACUGCUCCCGAGCAGAUGGGACACCUUUUCACUGACUAUUAUUUUCAGUUUUACUGGCUCUGUGAGUGAGUCCUGGCAGCACCAGUGCCCUCUGGUUGGGGAGAGGAGGGGGACUGGUGACACUGGGGAGACUCCUGUACACCUUCCUCCACUAGCCCCCAGCCCCACCUUCCCCCCGUCUCCCGCGUGGGGCGUGGAGCUGGUUUGGUUGUGGCUGGUGACGCCGACACUGAAGCACAAGCACACGCGGAACAUAGGACCUAAAGCCCCAGGAACGCAACCAGCCUUGGGGUAGCUCCUGGGCUCACCUCGCACCGACUCCCACCAUCCCACGCCGCCCCGACCAUCUCUCUCCUUCCCUUCCGGGGACGCUCGUGUCCUCCGUCACUUCUCCCUCCCUUUGCAACACUGGAUUUGAAAGCAUUACACUGGACUGGACGUGGACGGGUCUGCCACCUCCCAGAGUGCGGCUGGGAGCUCCAUCCCGUACUGGCCCAGCUCUACCACGUCAGUUCUUCACAACACUGGAAUUGCUCAACACUGGAGCCCUUUCCAAGAGCGAAACGCUGGAGUUUGGCCUGGAAAGGAAGGCUGUGCCUGGACGUACUGGAAGUCGUACGUACACUGGAGUUGCUGUUCCUUCUAGUUGGCCCAGGGCCGUCCCCCACAGCCCCACUCCACAGAGCCCCGGACCCACAAACGGACUGUCCUCUGUGGACAACAAGAGAAGGUGCAGCUUCAACGUUAGCCCUGUCUGUUCCCUUCCUCACUGUACUCUUAACUUUCACCAUAUCCAGCUCUGGAUGGAUAAACUGAAGAACCCCACUAAAGAUGCUGCUGAGGCUGUGCCCAGGCCAAACCCUGUGUGGGGAUAAUUGCCAUCAACCCAUGGGAGAAAAAUCACCCUGACUCACCUGCAUUAAGCCUCAUGGGACCCGGGUUAUUUUGGUUGAUCUUUUUUCUUUUUUUUUUUUUUUUUCAUUUGGCAGCAGCAUGUGGCCUCUCGCAGCGUAUGUGGAGCUGCCCGGUCAGCUCUCAAGUCAACACGCCACCUCUGUGCAGAGGUGUGGAAGAGAGAUCACUGGCAAAGCCCGGUGCGCCCUGCAGAGCAAGGCCGAGGCGCUGGGGACGCGUGACGUGGCUUCACAGCCCCCUCCCCAGGCCAGCAGAUCUCUGCCAGGCACUGAAGAGGCUGAUCCUCUUCCACAAAGAGGGGGACGGCAGUGACCGCGGGCCCUCGCUGUCACUGCUCUCAGAAAGCAGUUAUGUUGGAGUGUAUUUUGGGUAUUUUACUGUUACAAGUUCUUAACUUGCUAAACUACUGAAUUUAUUAUUUUUUUUUUUUAAGCCGUAUAAAAAUGGGUCUCUCGAUUCUAUCCCUAUUGAGCUACGUGUGUCUUGCAUAAGAAACCAAAGGGGGCCACUGCUAAGCUCCACGUUAAGGCUUGACUGCUACGGCAGUGCUGGAACACAUCAGACUGACCGACCAGCACGUGUAUCCUCCUCCCCGUCCUGCUCCAGCACCUCUUGCUAAAAAGGAGAGACCGGCAUUCCCCAAGGCUGAGCCACCGCCAGGCUCUUACGCCCGAGAUAACAAGUUUCUCGAAGAAAACAGCAGCCACGGCUGGGGAAGGGCGGUGAGGGGGAAACGCCACCCCACUCCUCCUGCAGCACGCUCGAAAGCUGGCUUCAAAAAGAAGAGCACACCUUGCCCUUCACAGCCCCGUCACCGGGUGGAGGAGACUUGAACCAAACUGGUUUUGGGAAACUGCAUCAGGCUCCAGCUGCUGCCUUUUGCUGCUUUCAGCGGAGACAGAUGCAGAGAUCCCUUUGCCAGCUGCAGGCCGUGGUGUUACGAGCACCGAGGAGGAGUGUGUGGCUGGCUCUGCUGCUCCGGAGAAACAAGCUGCAAAGAUUUUUUUUUUUUUUUUUUUUUAAUCCAGAUAGAGGGAUGGCUCCUGCACGAAUCUUGUGGGACCCUCCGCAGCCUUCUCGCCCCAGCCUGGGGCAUGGUUUGAUCUCCUGUUGCCCAUCUCAGAACUUCUCAGCUUGUCCCAGCAAAGCAGCCGCAGCCCUGCAGUUCCUUGCGAGGUGGCUAGGAGCAGGCAUGUCUGCCACCAAAGGCUCUUUCUUUGUAGGGCGGCUUCAAGGCCAGGUCUUCAUUCCCCCUGUACACCCACAGGCAGCAAACACUCACCUACACACCGGUGAUGCUCUCCAGUUAUUAAAAUGUACUGGGCAGGCAGGAACCAGAGGGCGAGCAGGGCAGCCAAGCAGCAGCAAAGCUAGGGGAUUACCCUGAAAAAAAGCAAGAGGUCCCAAGGCUUGGGAGUGCUGGUUGCGAGCAGGUCAGCCCCACGCUCAGCAGGAUUCUCUGUCUCUGCCUGCAGCCAGGAAGGAAAUGCUCCACUGGCGCUCUGUAGCUCAGGGCUCUUCCCUCCACCUGCCCUGAGCUUUUUUGUAUGGCCUUAAACUGGGAAGUUACUUUCUUGUGGCAGCUUUUAUUCUCCUCUUGGCAAUCAGUGGCCCAGUCUGACAAGUCCUUAAUUCAGGCGAGUGAUGUCCCGUGCUCUUCGAGGUCUGCUCAGCUGAGAGGUAGCCACCUCAGAGCUGCUCUUUCCCCUUGUAUUCUUGAGCUGGGCUAAAUCCCCGUGUGCUCGUUUAGCCCCCCUGCAGAGGUAACGGGUGGUGUUUCGAGGGCCAGAGCUGAAAGCAUUGCCUGCAAUCCUGCCCCCACCCCCCCACUGGCGGUCCUGGCUGAGGUCAGCCGAGCCCUGCUGUGGGGAAAGCCACUCCUGGAGGGGAGGAAUCAAUCAAUCGCCAGAAACGCGCUAGCAGCAGCGGCCCCAGAGGAGAUGGAGUCUCUCAGGUAUCCCUGCGACGCUUCACCGUGGGGCUCACGAGGGCCCCCCAUGCAAACCAAGUGCCUAAGGGCUAUGGGAACGUCUCUAGUGCCUUUUUUCUGCUAAGGGGACAGCACGAGGGGACAGCGGUUUCCCACGCGUGUGUAAAAUGCUGCGUGCCUUGAAAACGGUGGCCAGAUAGGAACUGAGAUGAGGCAGCACCUGAAGAGCAAAGGCCGGCCCUACCCAGGUCCAGCUGUUUCACGGCAGCGCAGCACCAGGCUGACAGGAAUCCCUCCUAUCAUCAAGAGAGCAGAGGGAGUCAGAAUGCAGUUUUUAGCAACUUAUACCACAAAUAAUACCUUUUGUCUUAAAGUAUAUCCCAAAGCGCAUGCCAGUUCCAGCAGCUGCUGCGCAGCAAGGCAGAAACGAGCUCAAAAGGGGGUCGUAAUUAAUUAAAGGGUCAGGGGAUUGGCUUCUAAGCCUGCAGAAACAGCUGUUUGCAUAGACACCUUCCCCCCCCCAAAAGGUGCCUCUGCCCUAACUGAAGACGCGCUCCCCCAUCCCCAAUCAGUAACGAGAGAGUUAACAAUCAGGCCUUUCCCUGCGUGAGACGGAGGGAAGCUCUGAGCCGAUGUCUCCAGCCAUACAGCUCGGGGAAAAAAAAACCCUCUUUUUCCGCUGGAAAUGAGACGCUUCAUCUCUCUAGACAUUCUUGGCAGGAAGGAAGAUAAGUGCGGAAACGAGGCCACUUGCCAAAGUUUGGCUGUUUCGGAGUUUGUUUCAAAAGCAACUUCACAAACAUUCUGUCCUACUGUUAGAGCUUAAAGCCUGUAAAUAGAGACUAUGCCAUCACUGCAAGAAUUAA